ACAACUUAAAACCUUUUUCCUUAGUAUCAUCUCAUUCAAUUUGGUUUCUAUUAGCGAAAAUGAAGCCUAAUAACUUCAUUCUCCUUUUCAUUUCUCUCUUAUUGCUGACCGUUCUCAACCUUUCCAGUGGAAAGGAUCAUGGAAACAAAGGUGGUAAUGGUGAUCAUGGUAAGAAACAUGAUCAUAAUAAUCAUGGUCAGGGACAUGGAAAUGAAAAAGAGAGUAGUUGCCCUCAGCUUGAGAGAAUUUCAAGGGACAUUACAUGGAGGAGAUCUGCAGCUAACCCUGCCUUGCCAGCCAAGCUAUUAAGGAUGCAUUUUCAUGAUUGCUUUGUGAGGGGAUGUGAUGCCUCAAUAUUGUUGGAUUCGACUGGUGGCACGGAGGCUGAGAAGGAAGCUGUUCCAAACCGAUCGUUAGCAGGAUUUGAGGUCAUCGAUGAAAUAAAAGCCAAAGCAGAAGAAGAAUGCCCUGGACUUGUCUCAUGUGCUGAUAUCGUUGCCUUGGCUGCAAGAGAUGCUGUUGCUUUCCAAUUUCGAAGAUCUUUAUGGCCUGUUUCAUUUGGGAGGAAAGAUGGGAGAGUUUCUUUGGCAUCUGAAGCCAAUGCAACUUUACCAUCCCCAGCAGCGAACUUCGCCACCCUCCGACAACAAUUUCAAAGCCUUGGGCUGGAUGUUGUUGAUCUUGUUGCAUUGUCAGGGGCUCACACCAUUGGAGUAUCGCACUGUGCAGCAUUUUCGGAUAGGAUUUUCAAUUUCACGGGGAAAGGAGACACAGAUCCUUCACUUGAUCCAGACUACGCAAAUUUCUUGAAACAGAAAUGUUCCAACCCUCCAAGUCUCACUACCACAGUUGAUAUGGACCCUGGAAGCUCACUCUCCUUUGACAGCCAUUACUUUGAAGCUUUAUUCCAGAACAAGGGCCUAUUUCAAUCAGAUGCCACUUUGCUCACUGACCCAGAAGCAGCUCGGCUAAGCAGGACUUUUCAAAAUCAAGGGGCUUUCUUUGCUCGCUUUGGUCAGUCAAUGGUGAAAAUGGGUUCAAUAGUUUCAGGAGAAGAAGGAGAGAUUAGGAAGAACUGCCGCGUCGUUAAUUAAUUAAUUGACGACGACUGAUUACAACUGGUGAUUUUCUUGUGUAUUGAUUAAGCAAAAGCUAAUUGAUAAAAUAUAGAAAUUAUAUUGAUUUCAACAAUUAAAAAAAAUAUAUGUAUUAUUAUUAGCGAGAGAAUCUUGCUAAAUUAUAUAUAAUAAAAUAUUUAUUUCCUCCAUUUAUAUAAUUUUAUA